GGCCGGUGGGAGAGGGAGGCGAGCCGACCACUGGGCUUUUGGGCUCCCGCGCCCUCGCGCUCCCCGCCGCCAGCCCAGGCGCAGGCAGGGCGCAGGCGGCGGCGGGCGGCAUGGAGAGCCUGCUGGAGAACCCGGUGCGUGCCGUGCUCUACCUCAAGGAGCUCACGGCCAUCGUGCAGAACCAGCAGAGCCUCAUCCACACCCAGCGAGAGCGUAUCGACGAGCUGGAGCGGCGGCUGGACGAGCUGAGCGCUGAGAACCGCAGCCUGUGGGAGCACCAGCAGCUGCUGCAAGCCCAGCCUCCGCCCGGGCUGGUCCCCCCGUCAUCGGCCCCGCUGCCGGCCGCUCCGGCCGCCGCUCCCGCCGCCGCCGCCGCCAGGGCCCAGGAACCCCUCCAGGACCAGGGACAGCGCUCAGCAGCCGCGCCGCAGCCGGCGCCCGAGCUGCCGUCGCUUCAGCACCACGGACAGCUCCUGGAGCAGCCCCAGCGGGGCCCUGGCAGCAGGGCUCACACACCUCAGUCGCCCCACAAGCAUCUGGGGACACAGGGGGCCGUGACUGACAAGGAGAAGGAGCGUCCCCCGAGUUGCUGCGCUGCUGCCGGAGCCCUCCUUCAGCACAAAUCCCCCUCCGCCCUCGGCAAGGGCGUCCUGAGCAGGAGACCUGAGAAUGAGACCGUGCUGCACCAGUUCUGCUGCCCAGCCGCCGAUGCCGAGCAGAAGCCGGCCUGCUCCGACCUGGCCUCCCACAGUGAUGGCUCCUGCGCCCAGGCCGGUGGGGGCAUGGAGGACUCCGUGGUGGCAGCGGCGGCGGUGGCAGCCGGCAGACCCAGUGCCCAUGCCCCGAAGGCUCAAGCCCAGGAGCUGCAGGAGGAGGAGGAGCGGCCGGGGGCAGGGGCUGCCUCCCCAAGGGCUGGCCCCCAGCACAUGGCCUCCCCCGGCCGGCAGCAGCCUGCCCUGGCGACCGCGCUGUGCUCCCACACCCCUGCCGCCUCCGAUUACGAACUCUCCCUUGACCUAAAGAAUAAACAGAUUGAAAUGCUAGAACAUAAGUACGGGGGUCACCUGGUGUCCCGGCGCGCCGCUUGCACCAUCCAAACCGCCUUCCGCCAAUACCAGCUCAGCAAGAACUUUGAGAAAAUCCGCAACUCGCUUCUGGAGAGCCGCCUGCCACGGCGGAUCUCCCUGCGCAAGGUGCGGGCACCCACGGCCGAGAGCCUGGCGGCCGAGAAAGCGCUCAUGGAGGGCUACGGCCUCAUGGGGCUGCCGCUGGUGCGCUCGCCCUCCCUGCCGCCCACCUUCGCGGGCACCCUCACCGAGCUGGAGGACUCCUUCACCGAGCAGGUGCAGUCCCUGGCCAAGUCCAUCGACGACGCGCUCAGCACUUGGAGCCUCAAGACCAUGUGCUCCCUGCAGGAGGGUGGCGCUUACCAGCUCCACCAGGCCCUGCAGGCGGCCGCGGGGCCCCCGGGCCUGGAGGGCGAGAGGCGGGAGCCGGAGAGCGCAGGCCCUGGGCCCGGGGAUGAGGCCGCGGAGACCCCCGGCCUGCCCCCGGGCCACAGCGGCACCCUCAUGAUGGCUUUCCGGGACGUCACGGUGCAGAUCGCCAACCAGAACAUAUCCGUCUCCUCCUCCACGGCUCUGUCGGUAGCCAACUGCCUGGGCGCUCAGACGGCCCAGGCCACAGCAGAGCCCACGGCGGGCAAGGCCGAGCAGGGCGAGACCCCUGGGCAGGAGGCCCCGGAGGCCCCCGCUGUGGGCCGGGGGGACGCGUCAGCGGAGGACUCAUGCACAGAGGCUGGGGCUAGCGGGGCGGUGGAUGAAGCCACAGCAGCCAAAGCAGAGGAGGAGGAAGAGGAGGAGGAGGCGGCAGAAGUGGGGAAAGGGGCCGAGGCUGAGGCAGGCGACUUGGAGCAGCUGAGCAGCAGCAGCGCGUCCACCAAGUCCGCCAAGUCAGGCUCGGAGGUGUCGGCCUCCGCCUCCAAGGAUGCCCUGCAGGCCAUGAUCCUGAGCCUGCCGCGCUACCACUGCCAGAACCCAGCCAGCUGCAAGUCGCCCACGCUCUCCACCGACACCCUGCGCAAGCGACUCUACCGCAUCGGCCUCAACCUAUUCAACAUAAACCCGGACAAGGGCAUCCAGUUCCUGAUCUCCCGCGGCUUCAUCCCGGACACCCCCAUUGGUGUGGCCCAUUUCCUCCUCCAGCGAAAGGGCCUCAGCCGCCAGAUGAUUGGAGAGUUCCUGGGCAACAGCAAGAAGCAGUUCAACCGCGACGUGCUGGACUGCGUGGUGGACGAGAUGGACUUCUCCAGCAUGGAGCUGGACGAGGCCCUGCGCAAGUUCCAGGCACACAUCCGUGUGCAAGGAGAGGCCCAGAAGGUGGAGCGGCUCAUCGAGGCCUUCAGCCAGCGCUACUGCAUGUGCAAUCCCGAAGUGGUGCAGCAGUUCCACAACCCCGACACCAUCUUCAUCCUUGCCUUCGCCAUCAUCCUCCUCAACACCGACAUGUACAGCCCCAACAUCAAGCCUGACCGGAAGAUGAUGCUGGAGGACUUCAUCCGAAACCUUCGAGGUGUGGACGAUGGCGCUGACAUCCCCAGGGAGCUGGUGGUAGGCAUCUAUGAGAGGAUACAGCAGAAGGAGCUCAAGUCCAAUGAGGACCACGUCACGUACGUCACCAAGGUGGAGAAGUCCAUCGUGGGCAUGAAGACAGUGAGUGUCCACAAGCCACCUAUCUUCCGGGACAGUUUGGGAGAGUUUGGAGACCUCUUCUGA